AUGGACGAGUCUCAGAAAACAAAGACGCCUGACGCCGACCCUGUUGAAAAGCAAGAUAAUGACCAGUAUCCGUCUCGCAAAGUCGUCUUACCCGCGAUGGCCGCAAUCUGGCUGGCCUUCUUUCUUGUAGCUCUAGAUCGCACCAUCAUUGGAACGGCCAUCCCGACCAUAUCGGCAGACUUCAAUAGUUUUGGGGACAUAGCCUGGUACGAAUCAGGGUUUCUCUUGCCUCUAUGCGUCCUCCAGCUACCUUUUGGUCUUGUAUACAAGUACUAUUCCACGAAAUGGGUGCUCAUCUCACUUGUCGCCAUCUUUGAAAUUGGGUCCCUCGUCUGCGCAACAGCCCCCAACUCAAACGCACUCAUAGUUGGCCGUGUCAUUACCGGUAUUGGAGGUGCUGGCAUUUCCGCUGGUGCCUUUCUCUUGAUCACCUUUCUUGUACCUUUGGCAUCUCGGCCAAAGUAUAUUGGUGCUCUCGGCUCCGUAUUCGGCAUAACGUCUGCCAUUGGUCCUAUACUCGGCGGUUAUCUGACUUCCAUCACCUGGCGCUGGUGCUUUUGGAUCAAUAUCCCCGUCGGUGUUGUCUCCUUGAUCCUGCUCAUCCUGUUGACGCCCAAAACGCCACCUACGAUGAAACGAGCAGAUACUUGGCUUGGUAAGGUCCAGCAGCUGGACCCUUUGGGAUUCAUCUUGGUUGCUCCAGCAGUAAUCUGUUUGCUUUUCGCUUUGGAAUGGGGCGGCGUCAGAUUUCCCUGGUCCAACGGGCAUAUUAUUGCUCUGUUUGUUGUGUUUGGUGUUCUUUUCUCGGCGUUCAUUGCCUCACAAGUAUGGCUCAAAGAAAAGGCAACUGUCCCACCGCGAAUUGCUCUGAAUCGGAGUAUCCUUUCGGGGUGUUUUGCCUACGUCGGAACCGGAUCGGUGCUUGUCAUAUACGCAUUUUACUUGCCGAUCUGGUUUCAGGUUAUCCAAGGCAAAUCAUCCCAGGACUCGGGUGUCUCUUUGCUGCCACUUCUGCUGGGAAUCGUCUGUGCGGUUAUAGGCAGUGGUAUUCUUACCAGCAUCAUCGGUUACUAUACUGCCUUGAUGAUCACUGGAAGCGCUCUUCUUAUUGUUGGGUCAGCUCUGAUUACAACGUGGGUACCUGAUACGAUGACGGGCAUCUGGAUUGGCUUUCAGAUCAUUGUUGGCGUGGGCAUAGGCAUAGGACUGCAGCAACCAAAUGUUGCAGCCCAGACCGUCAUGCCCCCAAAUGACAUGUCCAUUGCGUUGUCAUUGCUUAAUUUCGUUAAUUUCCUGGGCUCAACCAUCUUCAUUACAGUCUCACAGACUCUCCUCGAGACAAAGCUCGUAGAGAAGUUAGGCGGCAUCAUUCCUAAUCUCGAUGCCUCGAGUCUCGCAAAUGGAGGAGCAACCUCUUUACGUGACAUGGUUUCCAGUGACUUGCUUCCAGUUGUGCUGGAUAUUUACAACGAGUCAAUGAGGUCAAUCUGGUACUUGGCUCUGGGCCUGUCAUGCUUGGGUCUUUUGGCUUCACUUGCAAUGCCAUGGAACAGUGUGAAAUCAAAGAAAAAUGAAGACACAUAA